AAAAAAAAAAAAAAAAAACUUGGCUGAUAACUCGGAUUUAAAAAGAAAGGCGAGGAAAAGCCCCAGCCCCUUGCCUGCGCGGUCGGGAGGACGGGAGGGCGGCCGGCGCGGCGGGCCGGGCGCGGGUGCCGGUGCCGGCGGCCGCUGGGCGCCUGGAUGCGCGGGCUGUAGGGUGGCGGGCAUGGCCGACAAGCGGCGGUCCUCGCCAGGCACCACGAUGAGCCUCAAGGCUCACGCCUUCUCCGUGGAGGCUCUCAUCGGGGCCGAGAAGCAGCAGCAGCAGCAGCCGCCGCCGCCGCCGCGGCAGCCCAAGCGGCGGAAGCUGGGCGGCGAGGACGAGGCGGCGGAGGACGAAGGAGGCAGCGGCUGCUGCGCCAAGAGCUCCCCCGCCGCUGCCAUCGGCAGGACCUGCGGAGACAUGGACCUGGGCUGCGCCGCCCGCGCCCCCGCCGGCGGCUGCGAGGAGGGCUUCCUGGCGGCCUCCCCGCCCGCCUCCCCCGGCGGCUCCCCCAAGGGCUCGAAGCCCGGCUCGCCGCUGCCCACGUCGCAGGCGCCGAGGGUGGACUUGCAGGGCGCCGAGCUCUGGAAGCGCUUCCACGAGAUCGGCACCGAGAUGAUCAUCACCAAGGCGGGAAGGCGGAUGUUUCCCGCAAUGAGAGUGAAGAUCUCAGGUUUAGACCCACAUCAGCAGUAUUACAUUGCUAUGGAUAUUGUGCCAGUGGAUAACAAAAGAUACAGGUAUGUUUAUCAUAGUUCCAAGUGGAUGGUGGCUGGUAAUGCUGACUCCCCGGUGCCGCCUCGUGUUUAUAUUCACCCUGAUUCACCCGCCUCGGGGGAGACAUGGAUGAGACAAGUGAUCAGCUUUGACAAACUGAAGCUUACCAAUAACGAGCUGGAUGAUCAAGGGCAUAUUAUCCUUCAUUCUAUGCAUAAAUACCAGCCUCGUGUGCACGUCAUCCGAAAAGACUGUGGUGAUGAUCUGUCCCAUGUCAAGCCCAUCCCUUCAGGAGAAGGGGUGAAAGCCUUCUCCUUUCCAGAGACAGUUUUCACUACUGUCACAGCAUACCAAAAUCAACAGAUAACUCGUCUGAAGAUUGAUAGGAAUCCAUUCGCCAAAGGCUUUAGAGAUUCAGGCCGUAACAGAAUGGGACUGGAAGCUCUGGUAGAGUCUUAUGCCUUCUGGAGACCUUCCCUGAGGACGCUUACAUUUGAGGAUAUACCUGGGAUACCCAAACAAGGAAAUGCAGGUUCCUCUACUUUACUCCAGGGAUCUGGCAGUGGAGUGCCAUCUACCCACCCUCACCUUCUACCAGGUUCCCCUUGCUCAUCUCCAGCCUUCCACCUCAGUCCCAACACUAGCCAGCUGUGUACCCUUGCUCCAGCUGACUACACAGCUUGUGCCCGCUCAGGCUUGACCCUGAACAGAUACAGCACUUCCUUGGCUGAAACCUACAACCGGCUCACGAACCAGACCAGUGAGACCUUUGCACCCCCAAGGACUCCCUCCUAUGUCGGUGUGUCGAGUAGCACAACUGUGAAUAUGUCUAUGAGUGGCAAUGAAGGGGAUGCAUUCAGCUGCCCGCAGACUGGCUUAUCCAUGCAGAUUUCAGGGAUGUCUCCACAGCUCCAGUACAUCAUGCCUUCCCCAUCCAGCAAUGCCUUUACUGCUAAUCAAACCCACCAAGGCUCCUACAACACGUUUAGACUGCACAGUCCCUGUGCGCUCUAUGGAUAUAACUUUUCCACGUCCCCUAAACUGGCUGCCAGUCCUGAGAAAAUCGUUUCUUCCCAAGGAAGUUUCUUGGGGUCCUCACCAAGUGGAACCAUGACGGAUCGGCAGAUGUUGCCCCCUGUGGAAGGAGUGCACUUACUUAGCAGUGGGGGGCAGCAGAAUUUCUUUGACUCUAGGACCCUAGGAAGCUUGACACUCUCGUCUUCUCAAGUGUCUGCACAUAUGGUUUGAUGAAGCCUUUAAGUAAAAGUACAGUAUGUUUGGUGUCUACAAUGUAUUUCUUUUGGAAUAUGAAAGAAUACUCGAUGUAGCUUGUAAAGUGUGUGUAUAUAUAAUAUGAGAGGAAGUUUCACUAAAAUUUUGUCUUGCUUGUGGCCAGAUUAUUCUCCUAUUUUGAGUUACACAGAGUUUGCUGGAGUGCAGACUGCUUUAGUUUUCUGGUAUAAUACACUUAGUUGUAUAACACGUUGGGACAUAUGCAACAAAUUAAGUAAGGCUUCCUCCCCUUUCCCCCUCCUCUGUUCUAACCCUUUAAAGAAUGAAGUGACACUUGGAGUAUUAAACAACACAAAAAAGCCCACUUACAUUUCCUACUAGCGAGUUUCUUUAAAACAUUCAUACAAUAAGCUGAUGCACCAAAGGCAUUUUACAAGUUUCUUCUCUGUUAUAAGGGAUACAAAGGGUAUUUGGGCUUCUUAGUGUUAAGCAUCAAGCAUCCAGCCUAAAAUAGAAGUUUAGCUAAUGGAUUAUUUACAAAGUAAACGGAAUGAUUCGUUUGCCUUCUCAUGAUAUGCUGUUUUUAGCUUAUCAACAGCACAGCAUUGUCACUAGGAUUUGUUUUUUUCAGCAUUAGUCUAGAUUUAUGAUUAUAUAUUUGAGACAAAUACUGCGUAUUCAAAUUGUGGUGAUAGGAACAAUAUAAACCAACAGCACUAGAAGCAGCAUUCCUUUGUAUGAAAUGAACUUUGGGGUGCUUAAUUUUUGUCAAAGGAAGGGCUUGAUGCAUUUUUUCCUCCAUAAAUAUUGCCUAUAAGACAUUUACUGGACAGUAGGAUAUUCUAAUGUAUCUUUGUUUUUGUAUUUUUACUUUUUUAAAGGAAAAUGCAGGUUUGAUUUAGGAAAAAAAAGUGAGCAGGAUAAGAAAUUCCAUUAUUGGUUUUACCUGUUUUGUGUGUGAUGUGUUUUGGGUUUGGUGUUUUGCUAUUUUUUUGUUUGGUUGGUUUUUUAAUGAGGGCGAAAGGUCGUGCAUCCUGAAUAUUUCAAAAAUGUAUCACCUGUAUCAAUAAGGCAGAUGACCCAGUUUGUCCAAAAGUGUUUCUGGAAGCAGAACGUUGUCAUAGCUGCCUUCCUGUUGCUCUGGUUUUGUCCUGGAAUUGGACAGGUUUCUUUCAUUCCCACCUCUGGUUUCUAAAUGGCACUUGUAAGAAAGUAGAUCACCAUCUGCUCCUGACCAGACUUCUCCAGAGUGACAAGGACACAGAGAGUCAUUUACCAUGGUCAAAUUUCUGCCCUCAUCUGCACCUGCACAGCCCAGGUGUGUAUCAGUCCUCCCACAAAAGCUGCCUCUCAGCUGCCUGUCUGUCAGAGCUGAAACCCAGAGGUUCAAAUUUUAGUGCUUGAGAGAACAGGUCAUCUUCAACAGUAUGCUAAUCCUCAUUUAUAUUGUGCAGGUGAUGUAAAGGCAUUCUAAGGUGGGUACAGAUGUAGUUGAAAAUGCUUCCCUAGUCAGCACUGAAGGAGAUUAAGGUCUUUCAGGUUUUAUGUUUGUUGGUUUUUUUUGGUGAAGGUGAAUUUUCAUGUUUCUCAAGUGUUCCUAUAUCUUUUCUGGCAAAUUGUGGGCUUAAACACUCUCACUUCAAGAAAGACUCAUUCCAGCUAACAUUUCUUCAGUGAGAUGGAGAUAAUGCGUGCAGAAACAGCCCUCUUGCUACCUCUGCUUACUUGGGAAUAGAACAGCAAUCUUUAUGCCUCUGCCUGAAGAAGACUUUAUCUCUAUCAGUUAUAUAUCUGUGUCUGUUAAAGAUAUGUAUAAAGUUCUCAUUCAAAGUUAGAAAGAGAAGAGGAUUCAAUUGAGGUGAUGUGGGCUUGCUUCUUUGCUGUCUCAAACUUCCUAAGUGACCUUUCUGAGUGAACCUAAAUUCUCUCAGUCUCUAUUAGAUUUUUUUCCUUCUGAAAAAUGUGGUAAUAGCACUUCUCUUCCUCUGAGGAAGGGGUGACAGUACACUGAAAAUGAAGAUCAUUACGUCCACUGUGCUGUGGACAGUAUGUUACAGAUGAAUGGCUGGGUAGGGUUCAUAUAUGAGGAUAAUGAAGAACAUGCGUGGUACUUCGGCUCUGUCGCUGGUCUUGGCAGUGCAGCGUCCUUUGAGGCAAACUUCCUAGAAAAGACCUGCAAUGCUAAAAGCACUAUUCAAACUCAUGAUAAUGGUUUGUGAAAUGGUUCUAAGGUGUGUAGGUGAUGGGCAAAUUUUCAGCUGUCUAAAUUGUCAUAGAUCUCUUGGUUUAAAUUAAGAAGUGAUUUGUGCUUAGUUAUUCCUGCUCUAGCCAAAACUGAAAUUUUGCAGUUGGAAAAACACUUAAGUGGAAAGAUGGUACAAGUAAUCUGUACUUGAAAAAGGGUAAUUACCUGUAUCAACUUAAGAGCUGUGACUGGGUAGAAAUGUGGAAGAGCUAAAUCAUGCAUGUUCCUAUAAGGAAAAAAAAAAAAAGGGUCGUGCAUGGAUGUUCAUGGUGGUGCUUCUGUCAAGACUAUGUACUUUAUUGUCUGGGAAUUUUUUAGAACUGGUCUCUUAUUUUUCCUCAAAUUAUUCUUAUCAUAUAACCACACAAUAUCAUUUCAUUUGUUCCUUAAAAUUUGAAUAAUAUUGUAAAUACUGGUUUGUCAUUGUGAAAAGACUAGCUUUUUUAUCAAUACAGUAAAUGCUAUAUAUGCAUUAUAACUAUAAUGAUAUAUCUGUAUUUUACAAAAAUGCCACAGAAAAUAUAUUAAAGUGUGUAUUCAAACACUUUUUACUACAUUUGGAAAGCUGA